AUGAGUCCUCAGCAGAACGGCCAAGAUGAGCGAGAGCCUCUCUUGCAGAACGGUCAUGUAGAUGGUGGAGAAGGCGGAGAUAGUCGCGAGGUCAUCUCGUUCUCCGAGAAUGAUGAGAGUGAUCCUAGACAGUGGCCAAGGAGAAGAAAGAUGAUCAAUGUAGGCAUUAUUGCCUUGAUGGCCAUCCUUUCCCCUCUGGCCUCAUCCAUGUUCUCUCCUGGUAUCGCACAGAUCGCUGAUGACUUAAACACCACCAAAGAUGCUGUGAUCGCCUGUACCACUGGUUUUGUCAUUAUGCUGGGUAUCGGACCUCUUAUCCUGGCUCCUCUGUCUGAAACGUUUGGAAGAAGGAAUGUCUACAUUUACUGCUACACGGCAUUCUCUAUCCUCCAAAUUCCGUCUGCGCUAGCUCCCAACAUUGCCACUUUGAUAGCUGUCAGAACUAUUUCAGGCUUCUUCGGUGCUGUGGCCAUCGCAAAUGGUUUGUUGAAUCAUGUCAUUCUUGUUGAAAGACUCGUGCUAAUAUCCUAUANNGGUGGUGGCACAAUUUCGGACAUGUUUGUACCAGAAGAAAGAGCUGGCAUCUUUGGGUGGUAUCUGCUCGGCCCUCUUCUUGGGCCUACACUCGGUCCUCUGUUUGGCGGCAUUAUAGUGCAACGAGCAGGCUGGCGCUGGAUCUUUUGGACCACCACAAUCAUCUGCACCGUAAACACUGUAGUCGGGUACUUCUUCCUACACGAGUCCUACGCGCCCGUCUUACUCAGCCGCAAAAAGGCCAGCAUGGAGUCUGAAGAGGGAACUUCUGGCAAAUACCGCUUCGAAGGUGAAGACGACAGACCAUUGAGCAGGAAACUGGCUCAUUCACUAAAAAGACCGUUCAAAAUCAUCACGCAGCCGAUUGUGCUUAUCAUGAGUGCCUACCAAGCCCUCAUCUUUGGAACAACAUACAGCAUCUACACAAACAUGCAAGCCAUUUUCGAAGGCGACUAUGGCUUCAACACCGAACAAGUCGGUCUCCUCUACCUGGGUCCCGGUCUCGGCUUCUUGACUGCCGUCUGGUUCUUGGUGCCGCAAAUCGAUCGCGUGUACAAGAAACUAGGCGAACGCAACAAAUGCGAUCCAGUCCCUGAAUACCGUCUCCCUCUCGCAAACAUUGGUUCCGUAUUGAUCCCAAUCUCUCUCUUCUGCUUCUUCUGGGCUGUAGAGAAACAUGCACACUGGGCUCUUUGCAUCACCGCUACCUACUUUUACGGCUUGGGCCAGGUCAUGAUCCUCAACUGCACGCAAAACUACUAUAUCGACUCGUUCGAAAAGUAUGCUGCUUCUGCUAUUGCCGCUGGAGCAGUGUUUAGAAGUUUGUUCGGUGGUGUGGUGCCUUUAAUUGCGCCUUCUCUGUUCAAGAGCUUGGGGUAUGGAUGGGGAGGUAGCGUGUUCGGGUUCCUUUCGCUGGCCAUUGCUCCUGCACCUCUUUUGUUCUACAGAUAUGGUGGCAUGAUCAGAGAGAAGUUUAAGAUUGAGCUGUGA